CUGCUUCUGGGAAUCUGUCCUUAAUAACUAUUGGGAAAUUGGAAAAAACCUUCAUACUCAAUGAUGCAUCUCCUUUUCUAGGGGUUAUUAAUUUCGGAAGGGAACUGGAAACAACCUAAAUGCCCAGGCAGCCUCAAAGGGAUGCCCGAAGGGAGACCUCAGAGGCAGUGAAACAGUUUGAUAACAAAGGCAGGUCUCCUGUUGUGCUGUUGAGUGUAAACAGCAGGGGUCACAGAAGUACAGCAGGAUUAAGCUGAGUAUGUUGAAGCAGAGCCAAGGCCAGGAGGAAAAGGCACCAGCCAGCUAGAAGGGGGCGCUGCUGCUGGGGACAGGAGAAGGCACCAGGCACCGUGUCUGGCCUGAUGGCUAACUCAGGGUCUGCAGGGAAAACUGAGAGCAGAAGAGGCAGGAAUGAAUUUCAUGCACUGUAGGUUUAGUCCUCCAAGGCUGAUAAACUCUUCUCCAGAAGUGAGCAGGCAGAGAAACGCCUGACAGUGCUUGAGGUGCAUGGAAGGAAACAACGUGAGCAAGUCAAGUGCAGUUCCUGCUGUUGCGGGUGGAACAGGCCUAUGGGGUUCUGGGAUUGUCCUGGCUCCAAAUCAAGGAUCAUUCCUGAGUUAGUUUUAGGAAAUUAGGAGCCAAAUGCCCCUUUGUCCUGUCCCCAUCUUCUCUGAGCCCCUGCUGCCACUGGAAGCCACCUAGAAGGGAGAGGGUGACCCGCUGGCUGAAUCAGCCCCACACUGCUCGUGCAGACACCAUGGCACCAACGCUGAGCUCAAGGAGCAGGGCACCGCUGGCCCCCAACCAUGUGCAGGAGGUGUGCUUGCACCGUGUGGAGUCCAUCAGCGACCUACACAGUGGAGGUUUGCUGCGACCCUACCUGGCGGAGGAGGCGCAGCCAUGGGAUGAGCUGCUAAGCAUCUUGCCGCCAUCGCUGUGCACUCAGGCCAGCUGCAGCCCUGUGUGUUGCCGCGGGGGUUUCCUGCUGCUGCUUGUGCUGCUAGUGCUCACCUGCCUGGCGCUUGCUGUCCUGGCUGUCUACCUGAGUGUGCUGCAGAGCGAAUCCCUACACAUGCUGGCGCACACACUGCACACGCAGGAGGAGAUGCUCCUCAAACUCCGGCUUGCCAGCCUCAGCCAGCUGCGGAGGCUCAACUCCAGCGAGGCCCGAGCAGCCAGUUGAGAUGCCACUUGGACCUGGGGACUGGGGGUUUGUGUAGGGGGGAAUAAAGUGGCCGUUCGCAGGUUUCUCCUCUCCCACUGCUGCUCCACACUACUUCCUUGGUGAGGUUUUUGUACAAGAGACUGAUCUGACCCCACAGCUGCCUGCCCACCUCUUCUGACUUCUUCAGGCCAGGCCCAGCCAAGCCUUCUGGUGCCAAGGCCCUGCUCUGGGUGGCCCAAGGUCAGAGGAAGUAACACCAGCCUCCUGGCUCCUCCUGUGGCCUGUCAGCACCCUCUAGCCUCCCCAAGAUAGCAGGUUCAGAAGUCUAGAAAUAGCUGCCCCCACCCCAGUCAACCAAACUCUGCCAGGCCUCCCAGUGAGGGUCCAGCAUCAGCUGUCAAAAGACAGGCUGGGCUCUGAGUAGGGGGAGGAGAGCUACCUGGGGAGACAAUGUCUUGGAGGGCAAAGGUGAGAUGGAGAUGGGUGAGAUCUAGCUAGACCUAAGCAUGGGGUAGUGGAUGGGGAGGGAGGGCAGGCAGAAACACCUAGGAGCCAGGGCCACAAAAGGCUGAGCAUUCAGUUUAAUUAUCUCUAAUAAUCUUU